CAUAAUACUACUGUUAGGUAAAGAUUUGUAAUUAACGUCCAACUUUUCAUUUACAAUGCUUUAUAUGAUUGGAUUGGGACUUGCCCAUGAAUCUGACAUCACUGUUCGUGGUCUUGCAGCUGUUAAAAAAUGUAAGCGGGUGUACCUCGAAGCUUACACUUCUAUCUUGAUGUCUGCAGAUAAGGCAAAAUUGGAAGAAUUUUACGGCCGUGAAGUGAUAUUGGCUGAUCGUGAAAUGGUAGAAUCUGAGAGUGACAAGAUUCUUGAAAAUGCCGAUGUUGAUGAUGUUGCAUUUUUGGUGGUUGGUGACGUUUUCGGAGCUACUACCCAUACCGAUUUGGCAAUCCGUGCCAGAGAUUUAGGUAUAGCGGUUGAGAGUAUUCACAAUGCCAGUGUGAUGAAUGCAGUUGGUGCAUGUGGCUUGCAGUUGUACAACUUUGGUCAAGCUGUAUCCAUUGUUUUUUUCACCGAAGAUUGGAGACCAGAUUCUUUUUACAACAAAGUUAUGGAGAACAGAAGAAUUGGAUUACAUACCCUUUUAUUACUAGAUAUAAAGGUGAAAGAACCAAAUAUCAAGGAAAUGAUGCGUGGAAGAAUUGUCUAUGAUCCUCCAAGAUACAUGUCCGUUUCAACUUGUUGUGAACAACUUUUAGAAAUCGAAGAAAAAAGAAAAGAAGAAGCUUACACGCCAGAAACACCUUGUAUUGCAGUUUCCAGGCUUGGAUCUCCUAACCAAUCAUUCAAAGCUGCAACUUUGAAAGAAUUGGCUGGCUAUGAUGCUGGUGAACCUUUGCAUUCGGUAGUCAUUCUUGGAAGACAAGUGCAUGACUUGGAAUUGAACUAUCUUUUGGCUUUUGCCGAUGAUAAAGAAGCUUAUAGGAAGUCAGUCAUUGCUGAUCAAGAGUAUUUCAAACCUCCACCGCCACCUCCAGCACCGGAGGAGAUUAUUUCGGAUGAAGAAUGAGUUGAAUAUGAACAAUUUUUCGAAUUUUUGUACUUCAUAACCUAAACUUGCCUUCAUCCUUCCGAGCAGCAAAAAUAAAGAAGUUAUACUAUUUACUUAAUAUAACAAGAAAUUCCUAUGAAAUAAUAUAUACUAUACUUACAGGCAAUAUAAACCCCACUAUUUGAUUAGUCGAUAUCUAAUAAUGGUUUUAAUUUCUUUAUUAAUAACCAGUCUUCCCUCGGCACAGUAUUUCUGAACGCUGGAUCUUUUAAUGUGUCGAUAGAUUUUCUCGUGAUGAGAGAAUAUAGUCCAUCUUUUUCGUCAACAUGUCUACCCCACGUUGGCUGUUGGCCUGAAGGAGGAUCUAAACGCAUUGCUACACCAGCAUUGGUUUGACCUUUUCUGACAGAACUCUUAGAUUCAUGAUUGACUUCCAAAGAAGCAACAGUUCCCAACAACAUUGGUGUUUUUCUACCAGUCAGUG